UGCUGCCACGCACACCAUGGACGAAUUAUGUCGCGUUAUAAUUUUGCUCAUUUCUCUAAUUUCGUUUGUAUCUAGUACUGUUGCUUCAACGAAGCCGCCCCACAUUGUUUUUUUUCUAGCUGACGACCUCGGCUGGCACGAUGUUGGAUACCACGAUUCUAUCAUCCGAACGCCGAACAUCGACAAGCUUGCGGCGGAAGGAGUUAAACUGGAGAACUAUUACGUUACGCCAAUAUGUACUCCUACAAGGGCAGUUCUGAUGACUGGCCGUUAUCAGAUCCAUACCACAAUGCAGCACGGAGUACUGAUGGCCCAAGAACAGAGAUGUCUACCGACAGAUGAAGUUCUGAUGCCACAGAAGCUGAAGGAAAGUGGAUAUUCAACGCACAUGGUUGGAAAGUGGCAUUUGGGAUUCUAUAAAUGGGACUGUACACCCAAUCAUAGAGGUUUUGACACGUUUUUUGGCUUCUACCUGGCAGGUGGUGAGUAUUUCACGCAUACAAGAAAAUGUCACGGGCAUCGUCUUGAUGCAUGGGACCUGCGUGAUGGCGACAAAAUGGUGGGACCUGAAUACACCGGAGAAUAUUCAACCAUGUUAUAUGCAAGAAAGGCACAAGAAGUCAUUAGGAAACAAGACCCGAACGUUCCCAUGUUUCUGUAUGUGUCAUUCCAAGCAGUGCAUGCCCCCCUCGAAGUGCCUGACAGUUACGCCGAUGCGUACGGUAAAGACAUAUAUGACCAGUCACGGAAAUUGUACGCCGGUAUGACGUCAUGCAUGGACGAAGCAAUAGGGAACGUUACACAGACCCUAAAAGAUCGAGGCAUGUGGGACAACACUGUAGUGGUGUUUUCGACAGACAAUGGAGGUGCAACUGGGUUUGGCGCCAGCAACUACCCACUUAGGGGUCAAAAGUGUGGACAUUACGAAGGCGGUGUGCGAGGGCCAGCAUUCGUCAGCAGUCCCCUACUGAAACCACACGUGAGGGGAACAAAAAACACUGAACUAAUGUAUGUUGGUGAUUGGUUGCCAACAUUUGUGCAUCUGGCUGGUGGAACUACGCAUGGGACAAAGCCAUUGGACGGAGUUAACCAAUGGGAGGCAAUUAGUGAAGGUCUUCCUUCUAGACGUAAAGAAAUUCUUCAUAAUAUUGACCCAAUUCGAGCUAAAUCUCCCACCCUUAAGACGGAACCUUGGAUGCUAAAUCCCUACUUUGACAUCCGUGUUAUGGCGGCGAUAAGAGUUGGGCACUGGAAGCUGCUCACGGGACAAAAAGGCAAUGCGAACUGGCAAGAACCCCCAGAGCUUGGCAAUCGCUUAACAAACCCGUAUACAAACAACAUAUUACAGUUAUACCAUAUAAAAGAAGACCCAGAAGAACGGAACGACAUAUCAGCGACCAGACCGGAUGUGGUCUACAGGAUUUUACUCAGAUUACAAGCAUUAAACAGUACAGCAGUUUUACCCACGCAUGUUGACCCUGAGUUUUCGUUGUCUGACCCAGUGAAACACGAUAUGGCGUGGAGUCCAUGGGCUGAAGGUGCCCCUUCUCGUCGAACAGAAAUCCUCCAUAACAUUGACCAACUUCGUGGUAAAACACCGGUAUUUUUGAAUGAAGCUUGGAUGAACAACCCUUAUUUUGACAUCCGUGUUAUGGCUGCCAUCAGAGUGGGGCAUUGGAAGCUGCUAACGGGACAAAAAGGUGACUCGAAAUGGCACUUGCCUGCUGAGAUAGGCGGUAUCUCCAGGAGUUCCUAUAGCAACGAAGUACUUCAGCUGUAUCACAUCGGAGAAGACCCGGAAGAAAGAUACGAGAUUUCGUCGCUAAGACCAGACGUAGUCAUCAGACUUUUACGACGACUACAAUACCAUGAUAGCACCGCAGUGUUGCCAGUGGAAACCGAGCCUGAGUUCAUAGAAUCUGACCCUGUGAAACACGAUAUGGCAUGGAGUCCCUGGGCAUAG